UUUAUUAUUUACAUAAUGAGAAAAAAUUAACAACUCAAGAGAAAGAAAAAUAAUGAUACAUAGAAGUUUCCUAUUACAAUGGAUUUUAGUAGUGAUAUUUACAAUCACUAUUAUUUACCUAAAAAUGAAACUAAGUUUCCUGGAGGAUCACUACAAAUUAUUGCGUACACGUGAUUAUAGAGGAUACAAUGCCAUCGCACAGGACCAAAACAAUGUACAAGCUGGGCUUGAAAUCAACGAGCAAUCUUAUAAAUCAUCAGCUUUUGAUGAUCUUGUUAUCAUCUACAACAGGGUACCAAAAACAGCAUCCACCAGUUUCGUAGGUUUGGUCUAUGAUCUAUGCAAACAAAAUAAAUAUCAUGUUUUACACAUUAACGUCACCAACAAUAUGCAUACUCUUACUCUCCCUAAUCAGAUUCAGUUUGCAAAUAAUGUAAGUGAAUGGACUGUGAAGAAACCAGCAUUUUAUCAUGGUCAUAUGGCAUAUUUAAAUUUUGAAAAGUUUGGAGUAAGAAAAACGCCUUUAUACAUAAAUCUUCUGCGCAAACCUUUAGAUAGGUUUGUUUCUUAUUAUUAUUUUUUAAGAUAUGGAGAUAAUUUCAGACCACAUUUAAUUAGAAGAAAACAUGGUGAUACAAAGACAUUUGAUGAAUGUAUUGAUGCUGGUCAACCAGAUUGCGAUCCUGAUAAUAUGUGGUUACAAAUACCUUUUUUAUGUGGUCACGAUCCCGCAUGUUGGGAAAUUGGAAAUAGUUGGGCAUUAGAAGAAGCAAAGAGAAAUCUGCAAAAACACUAUCUUCUUGUAGGAGUGACGGAGGAACUAACAGAAUUUGUUGAAAUUUUACAGAUUGUACUUCCACGGUUUUUUAAAGGAGCAUACAACUCUUUUUUACAUAAUAAUAAAUCACACUUACGUCAGACUACUCAGAAAAUAAAUCCGCGACCUGAAACUGUAGAUAAAAUACAAAAAUCUGUCGUUUGGAAAAUGGAGAAUGAAUUGUAUAAUUUUGCUUUGACGCAUUUUCAUGCGGUAAAGAAUCGUCUCAUAAAUGCCUCUCCUCAAGAUGUAAAUCAGCGAUUUAUGUAUGAGAAAAUACGACCAAAAUAA